GUUGCUGGUGAUAGUGGUGGUGGUGGUGGUGGUGAAUCGUCGGGAGUAAGUGAAACGCCGUCGUCGCCGUCGCCGUCGACGUGACCAUCGUCAUCGUCGUCGUCGCCGCCGUCGUCGUCGUCGUCGUCGUCGUCGGUGGUGGUGCAAGUGGUGCCGGUAUCGUCGCCGGUGGUGUUGAUAGUAGUAGUAGUAGUAAUAGUAGUAGGAGGGAGCCGAGAGUGAGAGAGACACCGGUGGAACGAGAGAGAAGGAGAGAGAAAGAAGACGGGGACCACGAGGACGACGACGAGGCGUCAUCGUCGUCGUCGUCGCCGCGGUGGCGAGAUAAUACCCGUCUCCCGUCAAUCGGGACAAUCGUCUACUUCAAUUCGGACACGUUGAUCGGCGGUAUCGCGUUAUCGAAGGAGAGAAAGAAACGGACAGACAGACGGAUAGGAGCAGCAGCCGCAACGAAGGUCGCCGCCGGUCGGCGAGCAGCACUUGCUGUCACUGCGAAUCGCUCUCCCUUCCUCCUCCCGGUACUCGCGCCUCCUCGUCGCACUUCUGCUCUUCCAUCACCGUCUCCUCCUCCUCCUCCUCAUCCUCCUGCUCCUCCUUCUUGGCCGGCACCACCUCCUCCGUCAAAGGAAGAUUCCGCUGUCCUGAGCCAUGGCGUGCUGCCUGUCGGAAGAGGCGAAGGAACAGAAACGCAUCAACCAGGAGAUCGAGCGGCAAUUGCGGAGGGACAAGCGGGAUGCCAGGCGGGAGCUCAAGCUGUUGCUACUCGGAACCGGCGAGUCGGGCAAGUCCACGUUCAUUAAGCAGAUGAGGAUCAUCCACGGCUCCGGCUACUCGGACGAGGACAAGAGAGGGUUCAUCAAACUUGUGUACCAAAACAUUUUCAUGGCGAUGCAGUCCAUGAUCCGGGCCAUGGACCUCCUGAAGAUUCAGUACGGCGAUUCCUCGAACAUAGAAAAAGCGGAACUCGUGCGAAGCGUGGACUUCGAGACGGUGACGACGUUCGAGAGCCCGUACGUAGAGGCAAUCAAGGACCUGUGGGCGGACGCCGGUAUACAGGAGUGUUACGAUCGCAGACGGGAAUACCAGCUCACGGACUCAGCCAAGUAUUACCUAAUGGAGAUAGAUCGAGUCGCGGCACCAAACUACCUCCCCACAGAACAGGACAUUCUUCGUGUGAGAGUGCCCACCACCGGUAUAAUUGAAUAUCCCUUUGACUUGGAAGAGAUCCGAUUUAGUUAUCUUAGUGAUCUAGACCGUAUCGAAAAGCCUGAUUUCCUUCCGACCGAGCAAGACAUCCUCCGGGCACGAGCUCCCACCACCGGCAUUAUAGAAUAUCCGUUUGAUCUGGACUCCAUCAUAUUUAGGAUGGUAGACGUAGGUGGACAGAGGUCGGAAAGAAGAAAGUGGAUCCAUUGUUUCGAAAACGUCACUUCAAUUAUAUUUUUAGUAGCUCUAAGUGAAUAUGAUCAAAUUCUAUUUGAAUCGGAAAACGAGAAUCGAAUGGAGGAAAGUAAAGCACUCUUCAAAACGAUUAUAACAUAUCCCUGGUUUCAACACUCUUCUGUUAUUCUGUUUCUCAACAAGAAAGAUCUACUAGAGGAAAAAAUCAUGUAUUCUCAUCUCGUCGACUACUUUCCGGAAUAUGAUGGUCCGCAGAGAGACGCCAUAGCAGCUAGAGAAUUCAUUCUGAGGAUGUUUGUUGAGUUGAACCCGGACAGUGAGAAGAUUAUUUAUUCCCACUUUACGUGUGCCACAGAUACGGAAAACAUCAAGCUUGUGUUCUGCGCUGUUAAGGAUACGAUCAUGCAAACCGCGCUUAAGGAGUUUAAUCUUGCUUAAUGCGAUCACACGAACUGUAUAGAUAUUAUCAAAUGUGUGCGUAGACUUCUGACGAUGCCAUUUGAUAUUUGAACGUCGAUAGUGAUGUAGAUCUGUGCCACAUGAAUCUGUGACGAAAUUGAUUUAGUACGAUAACUCAACCAGCGAGUGCUAAAAGUAAUCAAAUAGUAUAGCGAUUGCGGCAGAUACUAAUGCAAAGAACGAGUUAAUGCGAGUUUUAAAUGUUACUGUAUGCUGCUCUCUCCCAAAAAAACUUAAUCUGUGUGGCUUAGCUCUGUGUCGCUCUCAGCGAUUCGUCUAAACAUUAAAAUGCCAUGCGAAUACUUAAUGACUCGUUUACCUUUAAAAAUGACUGCCAGCUUUACCGUUGACGACAACACGUUACAAUCCACGUUAAGCAAGGAUAUAUUAACAGGAGCUUGUAACCUAAAUAAAAUGGACAUAGCAAUUAAUGUUCGCUCUAAUAAUUACUAUAGAAUUACUCCAUUUCUCGCAACAUUGCGUUGUUUAAUAUGCCUUUAUCACAAACAAAGACUUCUUUCGAUGAUAUUUUUAUUGCGUUUGUUAUAUUAUUAUAGUCCGGCAAAAAUAGAGUAUUCCAUCAUUUGUGGCUAAAGAUGUAAUCAUUUAUAAACGUUGAUUCUUGUAAAAAAAUAAUACAAUAUUUUUGCAACGACCG